CAUCUCCAAGAUACUCUCUUUUUUAAUGGAGUCUUUUCAUGACCAAGACUACAAUAUGAAUAAUAACUCGUCAACUACUCAUGAUCAAGAAGUUGACCAGCCAAAAUUAGAAAAUGGAGUUGGCAGAUCUUAUGAGUGUGUUUUCUGCAAAAGAGGUUUCAACACUGCCCAAGCUUUAGGUGGCCAUAUGAAUAUUCAUAGAAAAGACAGAAUUAGAAAUAGAUCAAUUAGUCAGAGUUCGAUCAUCAACUCCAACAAUAAGUAUGAUCAAAUCCAGAACCAUGUUGGGGCGGCAACCCAUUUAAGUUAUCGGACAUAUUUUCCUGCUCAUUCUUCUGCAUCCACUACUGCUCCAGUCUUGGUACAUGAUAAUAACAAUAAUCGGCAGUGCCUGAAUUUGUUUGGAGACGAUUGGCGUGUGAGUUUAAGCUUGGAAUUUGGUGCAGCUGGGCAUGUUAGAGAAACUAUGGAAAAGAAUAAGGGGACAGAAGAUGAUUUGGAUUUGGAGCUUCGAUUAGGCCAUGAUCCUUAAAUUACCAAGAGUAUGAAGAUUAGUAUAAUAUUGGAAUUAUUGUACAGCAAGGUGUACUAAGAAGUUCAUGUAGUCCAACGCCAAAGUCACUAUGAUUAUUACAAAUGGUGUAAAGCAGAUUCACGUUAGACUGGUAAGCGAUAUGAGUACUACUGCUAUUUGUUAUAUAUGUUUAAUUAUCUGAAAAUCUACCCUACCUAUAUAUUAGGGUUUUGUAUGUUACGAAUUUAGACAGUGUAUUAUCCAUCCGCUCCUCUAUUUUUCAAUAAAUGCGGAUUCUAUUUUU